GCCUGGAGACGCGCGGGCCGCUCUGGACUCGUCAUGUCCGAGCUGCACCAGGCGGCGGCCGCGGGGGACCUGAGCGCCGCGGAGGACAUUUUAAGACACAACAAAUGUGACCCGAACCAGAGGGACAUCGACUGGAGCUACAAGACCCCGCUGCACUGGGCCGCGGCCGGGGGCCACACAGAGUUGGUGCAGCUCCUGCUGGCUCACGGGGCUCGUGCGUGUCUUCAGACGGAGCUGGGUUGGACCGCGGCUCAUUUUGCUGCUGAGUCGGGUCGUUUGGGCGUCCUGCGUCUGCUCCACGUGCACCACGCGCCCAUGGACAAACGUGACCGCUGCGGAGACACGCCCUCUCGCAUCGCUCAGAUCUACGGACACAAGGAGUGCACCCUCUUCCUCAAAAAGGCAGAGGUGGAGUGCCAGGCCCACAGGAAGACGGCCGUUCAGAAAGGCCUCAAACUAGACGAAGAAGACGAGGAGUGGAGCCUGGACGGCAAAGAAAACACAGACAAUAUCAACACCACACAAUGAGUCCAUGAUAAAAGGAUUUCAAAUAAUGUGAAUUUUCAACAGCCCAUUUUAGACUCAAACCUGCAACAACUAAUCCACUAAUCAUAAUGGUCAUAAUUAUUCUAAGUCUAUAAAAAAAACAACAACUGUACUUGUCUCUGGACUAUACAGACUCUAAAACAUAAAAGUAAAUAUCUUUUGGGAAUUACUUUAGAAUAGUUGCAGCCCUACUUACUUUCUUUUUACACAUUCACAAUAUUUUUGUCAUAUUUGUGUUCAGACAAGUUACAUGAAUAAAAAGGCAAUGCUUUAAAUCAGGGUGUCAAACAUACGGACCAGAUCCGGCGCUCCAAGACCUUUAAUCUGGCCCUCGGCUGAUUUUCUACUAAAAUAUUUGAAUUAUACUUUCUAUUAAAAUAUUGUUCAUUUUCUGUGGAGUUUAUCACAGCAGCGUCUCCAGCGUCUCUGUACGUGGCCCCUCCCACCAGAGCAGCACAAAUGAAGACUUGUCUCUUUCCAAACGCUCUUAAAGGACGAUCGUUUUGACUGUUGACCGUGACCCCCUCAUCAGAAAAAUGUCCAACAUGAGAAAAGUGGAGCCGAGUGCAGGAUUUUACAAGAAAAAUUGACUUAUUCCUGUUUACAGACAAGUUCAUGUUAAAAUGUUGUGUUGAAAUUGCAUUUUUCUUAAAGUUUCAGGUUCAUAAUAUUUUGUAAAAGAAAGAGUUCAUCAAUUAAAAAAGGUUUUGUUUCAUUUA